AAACAAAAGAUUUAUUAAUUAAAGAGAGUAAAAGAGAGAGAGAGAGAGAGAGGGGGGGAGAAGGAAGGAAGGAAGAGAGAAAGGAAGGCAAUGGUCGAUUUUUCUAGAGCUUUUCUUAAAAUGUCAGAAUAAUAACAAUAAAAGGAAAAGAGCUUCCAAUCUUAGCUGUUGUCUUGUCCACUAAUGGCGACGAGCCCAUAAUUCUUUGUCUCCAUCUUCCCAAUCCCCUCCCCAGCGCUUUAAAUUCACCUCUCCUUCAAUCCCUCUUCUCCUCUCUCUCAAAAACUCUCAAAAUUCUCAUAAUUCACAUUCCAUUCUAGAUUUUUAUUUUUAGUUUUAUUUUUCAUGAAGAUCCGUUGCGAUGUUUGUGAUCAAACCGAGGCCUCUGUUUUUUGUUAUGCUGAUGAAGCUGCUCUUUGCCAUGCCUGUGAUCUCCAUGUUCAUCGUGCUAAUAAGCUCGCUGGUAAACACUCCAGAUUCUCUUUACUUCAACCCAUCAAAAAGGAUUCUCCUCCUUGCGAUAUCUGUCAGGAACGGAGAGCGCUUGUAUUCUGUCAACAAGAUAGGGCAAUUCUUUGCAGAGAAUGCGACAUUUCGAUUCACGAAACCAACGAACAUACACAAAAGCACAAUCGCUUUCUUCUAACAGGUGUGAAGCUUUCUUCAACUUGUUUUUCGUAUCAAACAUCUUCAUCCUCCAAUGGCUGUGAUAUCGAUGCCCCCAUGGAUGUUAAAACUGGAAGCUCCAACGCUUCUUGCAGCAAAAGACCUAAAAUGGCGGCAAAAGAUCAACAAAUAUCAACUUCACAUUCCGCUGAAAAAGCUACUCCUCCAUCCACAAGCAAUCAUCUGGUCGAUCAAGACGGUCAAGCAUUAAGCGACGGCGGUUCGUUCUCGACGAGCAGCAUAUCAGAGUAUUUGGAGACAUUACCGGGAUGGUGUGUGGAAGAGUUUCUAGAUCCUUCCGCCGCCGCUGCUGCCGCCGCUGCCGCCAAUCGUUUCUGUAAGCUUUGCAGUACAUUGCCUCAGUAUUAAGAAUUAAUAAUGGAGAAAUUUUGGGAUUUGGGAAUGGAAAUCUGGAAGGGGAAGAGGAAUCAGUAAGAGUAAGGUAGGUGAAGAAGAUGAGUUGGGAAAUUUUAGGUAGAAAAUGUUGGAAUAGAGUUGAAAUCUCCAAGAACAAUUGUAAAGAUGAAAGAAUAGAUGAAAAACAGACACAAACUAACUUUUUCAUUUUCAUUUUUUUUGUUUGUUGUUGAUGAGAUUUGCGUAUUAAUUUUUUACCUCAA